UGUUCCACAUGGUUAGUCCAAGUGCCUUUCCCUGCAUGCUUUAAUACAUUCAGUUUAAUUGUGAACGGAUAUUAGACAGACAGAAGUCCCAGUAUUUACUACUGCUGAGGGAUUCCUGGUUUUAUUUGAGACAGUUUGAUGAGCUGGGUCCAUGCACCCCCAGCAGUCUGCCCUCCCACUGCAGCUGCAUGGCAACAGUUUUACUAUAAGCUCUGGACAAGUGCCAAAACUAUGCGCGGGAUACAAUAAAGAAGGAGGAGGUGGAGGCCAAGAAGCUGAACUUAAUCUGCAAAACAUGACUUCCUCUGCUCAUGUCAGUUGCAGGUUGAACCCAGGUGAACAGUGUCAGAGCCCACUGGAGCCUCCGGUUCACUGCCAUGCCAAGGGAAAGCUGGAAAUCAAGAGCAGGGGCUGCAGUCUACUCACCAUCUGCCGCUCAGGAGUCAUCUUUCCCUGGAUGAAUCAACGGACAACUGACUCUGAACAAUCUGUCAGCAGUGGUGUAGCGGUGGGUCUGUCAGGCAGAAGAAGAUUCAGUGUCAGGAGGGAGAGAGCAGCCUUCACCAACAGCCAGCUGCUGGAGCUGGAGAAGGAGUUCCACUUCAGCCCUUACCUGUGUCGUCCUCGGAGGCUGGAGAUGGCGGCCGGGCUGCAGCUCACAGAUCGCCAGGUCAAGAUUUGGUUUCAGAACCGCAGGAUGAGGUACAAGAAGGAGCACAAGUAUGGGAAGGUGGCAAGUUUGUCCCAGUGGUCUCCCUGCAACCCUUCCCUCAGCUCAAGCUCAUGUGCGGACAACCUAAGGUUUUCAGGUGCAUGUGUUGUUGAAACUUCCUCCUCAGAGCUGCCCUUCAUGGAUUAUGCUCCUAUGUCCUCUCUUUUUGGUGUUCAUAGUGACACCAGCAGUGGUCAGUGUAUUCAACCCCCAGACCUGCCCCAUCUGAGCUGCAUACUUCCGUCUGUUGCAAAUGGUCCUCCACCUUCCUGUACAGGCGCAGAUAGUCGUCAUCCUUCUGGCAUUUCAAACUGGCCCUAGGGCCCCAUAAUGGCGAUCCCUCCUGUGCCCAUCAAAAUCUCAAUGAUACAUUCACUUUCACUUACUUAUGAAAGACUGGAGGAUGUCUUAUUAGCCUCCCUGGGUGGAAAUCCCCUUAAUACACCCGUUCACCAUUCAUGAAACCUUUUAAUUAAACUAUAUGAACAUAUCUUAAUUAAAGGAGAGCUACAGUGAUAUCAUUUGUGUUUCUCAGGCGCGGUGACUGAAGACUACAGGUCAAACUUGCUGCUCGUACUGUACGCACACGGCAUGCACAAGACAUCCGAGCGAUUAAUAAUUACAUGUUUCGCUGUAAUUUUGCGGCUGUUUGCAUUUAUAUUGUUGUUGCAUGUAUAAUGCAUGUGGGAAUCAUGUUAUAAGUGAUUUUUCUAUUUCCCUUUAUUGUCAGACAAUAGCCAAGUGGUUGUUACAUUUUCUUAGUGUCAGAUUUGACCCUCCUUUUUCAUUAUCUACUGUAAAUAACAGGUCAUUUGUGUAAAAUGUUUUAACUGUGAAAUGGGCAGAAUAAUGUUCAUAUCGAAUAAUGUUAUAUUUUUUGUUAAAGCCAUUAAAGGAUACGGCAAGUCUUUGA